UAAUGGUGGAAAUGACUUUUUUUAAUCCCUACAGAUUACUGAUUCUGAGCUCUAAAGCAGAGGUAUGAAUGUGUGCCCAAGGAUUGAAACAAGCUGAGCCAACCAUGACCGGCAAAACACAGACCAGCAACGUCACCAAUAAGAACGACCCGAAGUCCAUCAACUCUCGCGUCUUCAUCGGCAACCUGAACACAGCCAUCGUCAAGAAAGUUGACAUCGAAGCAAUCUUCUCGAAGUAUGGGAAAAUAGUCGGCUGCUCCGUUCACAAAGGCUAUGCGUUUGUCCAGUACAUGAGUGAGCGUCACGCACGAGCGGCGGUGGCUGGAGAGAACGCCAGGAUCAUCGCAGGCCAACCGCUUGUUCAGUUUACUCACUCAAACUUGUGUGGCAUGUGGCUUGGUGCCAGCUGUGACCGCAGUCUGUGACAUGUUUCAGAACCAUCCUCUCUUCUUUUCUCCAUUGAGAUCUCUUCUUAUUCCCAGGGCGCAGUUGACAGUCUGAAGAAAUUUACCUGAUAAA